GCCAUGUGAUAAAUGGAUUCCCUCAGCUUAAUCAAUGGCUCCUCUGGGAGCAAAGAGCUGGCCAUCGGGGAGGAUUCAUCUGACGUGACCCUGAAUCACCCGCUGCUAGAGCUGGGAGACAGCACCAAGCUUCUUGGGGUCCAGGUGGUCCUGAUCUUGGCAUAUUCUACCAUCAUCCUUUUGGGUGUUGUGGGGAACUCCCUGGUGAUUUAUGUGGUUUACAAAUUUAAGACACUUCGUACUGUCACAAACUUCUUCAUUGCAAACCUAGCCGUGGCUGAUCUGCUCGUCAACACGUUGUGUCUCCCGUUCACGCUGGCUUACACUCUACUUGGGGAAUGGAAGUUUGGACAAGUGCUUUGUUUCACUCUGCCGUAUGCUCAAGGUCUCGCUGUUCACGUCUCUACAAUUACAUUAAAUGUAAUUGCACUGGAUCGGCAUAGAUGCAUCGUUUAUCACCUAGACUCUCGAAUGUCAAAAGACACCUGCUUUCUGGUCAUUGCCAUCACCUGGGUAGUAAGCGCUGUUCUGGCUAGCCCACUGGCCAUAUUCAGAGAGUAUGGGAUUGUAGAUCUUUCUCCAGGUGACUCCAUUGAGGUUUGUGGAGAGAAGUGGCCUGACAGUAGUACAGACAGCACUCUAUACUCAAUCUCCACGCUGCUGCUGCAGUAUGUGUUGCCUCUGGCAAUCAUCUCUUUUGCCUACAUCCGUAUCUGGAUUAAACUCCGCAAUCACAUCAGCCCAGUUGGUCGCCAUGACAGGCACCAGCGCCGCCGCAAGACCACCAAGAUGCUGGUUAACAUGGUCGUGGUGUUUGCGGUCAGCUGGUUGCCUUUCCACGCUUUCCAGCUCACCAUUGACAUUGACCACAGCGUGUUGGACAUGAAGGACUUCAGGCUUCUUUACACUGUUUUCCACAUUGUGGCCAUGUGCUCGACGUUUGCCAACCCACUGCUGUAUGGCUGGAUGAACCGGAACUACCGCAGCGCCUUUGUUUCGGUUUUCCGUUGCAAGGAACGGCUUGAUUUGUUGCACGCCGAGGGCCAGGCUGCCACAGCAGUUUGCAACAAACCCAAAAAAGCUUUAGAAGCCCAAGAUAUAGUGACGACACAUCUCAAUGCAACAGAUGUCUGAGAUGACAAAGGUGAGGAUACUGAAAGGACUCCUGAUGUCAAAUCGAAUCUGUGGAGGAUUCGUCAUGGUGGGGAACGUCCUGGUGAUUUAUGUGGUUUCCAAAUUAAGACACUUCAUACCGUCACCAAUUUCUUUAUGGCACAACUUGCCAUGGCCGAUCUGCCUGUCAUCAUGGUGUGUCCCAUCUAUGCUGGCUUACACUCUACUGUGGGAAUGGAGUUUGGAAGUACUUUGUUUCACUUUACUGUAUGCUCAAGGUCUUGCUGUCCAUGUCCCAGUGUUAAAUGAAAUUGUGCUGGUGGCAACAUCACAACAAUGUGACCUAGCUAAAUUCUAUGUUGUGAACUCAGUGCAGUAAAAGAGCACAGUCUUGAAGAUCUUCUCAUCUACAUUAAUGCAUCUUCACCAAGAUCUAUAAGGUGGUUGAAUAUACUUAUACUCGA